AUGUUCUCAGUAACGUCUAGCCAUCGCCUCUGGUGGGGUGGCCUUCAGAAGGGAACCCACUUGAACCAGCCAGUGUUAAGGAGGCACCGCUUUCAGCAUAUGCACGUCAGAGUCGGGGACCGGGCUGAACUCAGCAGGGCCUUCACACAGAGGGACGUGGCAGUCUUCGCAGAAUUAACGGGAGAUGUCAAUCCUUUGCAUUUAAAUGAAGAUUUUGCAAAACAAACCAAGUUUGGGAAGACAAUUGUACAUGGAGUUUUGAUCAAUGGACUUAUUUCCGCUCUCUUGGGCACUAAAAUGCCAGGACCAGGCUGUGUAUUUCUUUCCCAGGAAAUUACCUUCCCAGCCCCUUUGUAUGUUGGGGAGGUUGUUACAGCUGCUGCAGAAGUGAAAAAGCUGAAGCGCUUCAUCGCUGUCAUUGCAGUGUCGUGUUCCGUGAUAGAAAGUAGAAAGACUGUUAUGGAAGGCUGGGUUAGAGUUACGGUCCCAGAAGCUCCCAGUCCCUGAAACAGGUCAAAGAUGCAGGUUCAGCCAUCAAUGCUCUCGUUACUAAAGAGCCUGUAGGGAAAACGAGGAUUGCUGCUCUUUACCAAGAAAUGGCUGGUGGACCCAGAAGCCCGUAAUGGGGGGAGAGGGGAGUCAGUAGAAGAAUGUUCAAAUGUCCACUUUUCAGUUUGGCCUUACGCUUCACACAGACUCGCGUAUGCUCAUGAUUUCAUCACCUUUCUGGGUUUUUCAAAAAUACGGAGAAGGUCAUCGUUUAGCCAGAGGUUCUACUUUUAGGAUUUGAAACCUAGGUAGAUUUGCAUUUGGGUAGCAAAUGUACCUCUGUCUACGUAGAAUCAGUUUCUGCUGAAUUAAUAGCCGUCUAACAGUUAUUGAAGGUAUCAGCAGACGUGGGGGCAUCUUUGAACACUUACCCUUUACCUGUAAAUAUUUUUAGGCCAGUUCUUCCGCAGUUUCUGGUCAGAGCUUAUUGUCACUUGUUACUCUUCACACCACGAUAGUGUCCUGCUCAACCUUCAGUGGGACUUGCCUUCCGGAUGGUUUUCCUGUGAUUGGAGAAGGAUUUAUGUGCAGACUUGGACUUAGUUAUGUAAACUCAGCUCAUCUAAAACGGGAUAGCAGCACCUACCACAGAGGAUUGUUGGAGGUGGUGGGUAAAGGAGCUAAGUGCAGGCCUGGCCUGUAAAGGCUGGCUUUGGAUACUGCCGUCCUCUCCCUGUGACUAAGACAGUUCCUGGCCCGCAGUUA